AAUAAAGCAGAAGAAAGGCAACAAAAAACUGGUUAUAGUAGACAAUUUUUAGUGCAUCAUCAAUAAUAUAUAUUUAAAUAUCUUCUUCUGGUAUUUUAGUGUUAUAAUUUAAUAAACAUUUUCCACAUUAUUUACAAAAAACUUUCUAAUAACGAGUUUGAAUCGAGGACUCGUCUCACUGCUGCAGUGGAAACAUCCCAACAAAGUUGUGUUGCCUUUGUUUUGUACGAGCCUGUGUGUGUUUGGUUGUGUGUGCGCGCUGUGAAUUGAUUAUCGAGCGCAGCCUGAACUGUAUUAUCGAAAGGAAAUAUUGCGGGUCUAAGUCCGAUAAGCAGAAGACUGUGCCGUCUAGUAGUGGAAACGCACACAAACUCACUUACAUGCGCUCACAAGCAAAUUAAGACUUUAUACGAACAGUCUCAAGUCUGAACAGAGCGGUCAAACGUUUCGUGAAGUAUCCAACUUCUCCAUACUUAAGCGUUUUUGAAUUUAUUGGAAUUUAUUUUUGAUAAAUAUUUUCUGUGGCUUGCGUAUAAAAGUGGAUGAAGUUACGAAAUUGCAAAACAAUAACGCCCCUCAUCGCGCUCUAAAUAAAUAAAUAUAUAAUAAUAUAAAAUACAAUCAAUAGUAAAAUAAAAAUAAUCACUAUACAACAGACAAACAACGCCAACAAUAAACGAAUCAACAAAAGCUAUAGAGCUGACAAAACAAAACAAAUCAAAAUCACCCUCUAGGAAGUAGUAGAGUCCGGACAAACCGAAUAAGCGAUAGCUGAUUCCCAGCAUCGAGCAUCGACGGCGCGCCACUGCACAGUCGCGAUAAGCGCUUACAGCAGCGCGCAACACAAUUAAAUAUUGAAAUUGAUGAAGCAGUUGAAGUUAAGUUAGCGUGACGUUUGCAACAUUCACAAAAACUUGCGAUAGAAAAACAUCAAAUUAAAACUGCGAAAAAACGUAACGAAAAUAAAUUGCAAAGUGUGCCGUGGUUUGCUAAUUAAUUUGCGCAAAGAUGCCUGAUGAUGUAAUGCCAAUAGUGGAAAAUGAGGAAGCGCGCUCAACAUCGCCUGCCUCAAUGGCACGGCGCAGCCCGCAAGACAACGAACUGGAUUUGCAGCCCAGCGGCUGUGGUUCAUCGAUGUGCUGCAAUCCAGCCAGCGGUGUGCAUCGUUUUAUCGCCUUGAUUUUUAUGUGCCUGCUUGGAUUCGGUUCCUAUUUUUGCUACGACAAUCCUGGUGCCCUACAAGAGGUCUUCAAGGCUGAUCUAAACAUUACCACCACGGAAUUCACACUCAUCUACUCCAUCUACUCGUGGCCAAAUGUAGUGCUUUGCUUUAUUGGCGGCUUCCUCAUUGAUCGCGUUUUCGGCAUACGUCUCGGCACAAUCAUUUAUCUGUUCAUUUUGCUUAUUGGCCAGUUGAUAUUCGCUUCUGGUGGACUUUUGGGCACUUUUUGGGUCAUGAUUUUGGGCCGUUUCAUAUUCGGCAUUGGCGCUGAAUCGCUGGCUGUUGCACAAAACAAUUAUGCUGUGCUGUGGUUCAAGGGCAAGGAGUUGAAUAUGGUGUUUGGCUUGCAAUUGUCGGUGGCACGUUUUGGCAGCACUGUGAACUUUUGGGUGAUGCAGCCCAUCUAUGAUUAUGUAACGAAAUUCUAUGAAGGCCAUAGAGCAAUCGGUGUGGUAUUACUGCUGGCGGCGGGCACGUGUGUGUUGUCACUUAUAUGUGCACUGAUCUUAGGCUGGAUGGAUAAACGUGCGGAGCGCAUUUUGCAACGCAACACCAAUCCUUCUGGCGAGAUUGCCAAACUGAGUGAUGUCACGACUUUUAAGGUUACCUUUUGGAUGGUUUCAAUUAUUUGCGUAGCCUACUAUGUGGCCAUCUUUCCUUUCAUCGCUUUGGGAAAAACUUUCUUCAUGCAUCGUUUCGACUUAAAGCCGGAUCAAGCCAACAACGUCAAUUCCAUUGUAUAUUUAAUUUCGGCUAUUGCAUCGCCACUCUUCGGUUUUGUUAUCGAUAAGACUGGACGCAAUGUAACCUGGGUAUUUUGUGCUACAUUCACCACAAUUGGCGCACAUGCGCUGCUUGCAUUUACGCUGCUAAACCCAUACAUUGGCAUGGUCAUUAUGGGCCUGUCGUAUUCCAUGUUGGCCGCCAGUCUAUGGCCCUUAGUAGCUUUGAUCAUUCCUGAGUACCAGCUGGGCACAGCCUAUGGAUUCUGCCAAUCUGUGCAAAAUCUUGGACUGGCCAUAAUUACCAUUGUUGCUGGCAUAAUUGUGGAUCGCAGUAAUGGCAAUUACAUUUGGGUUGAGCUCUUCUUUAUGGGCUGGCUAACGAUUGCUUUGAUUUCAACGUGCGUCAUUUGGGGCUACGACAAGAAGACGAAAGGUAACCUGAACAUGACGCCAGCACAGCGCACUCAAUAUGCUAGCGCAAUGUAUGUGAAAUUCUAAUGAAAUGAAAAUGCAAACGCAAACAAGCGUGCUGCGAAUCAGGAUAACGACGUUUACUCGAGCGAUCAGGAACCAUUACUGGAUGAAUAAAAAACACGAUCACAAACAGGAAACGAAGGUGUGUGUAGGAGUAGAGAGCAACGGGAAAGGUGGAGGCUGUAAAUUGCAGAGGGCCAGGCGGAAAGCACUAAUCAUAACUGUAGUUAGCAAAAUAUUGUAAAACGUAUGGAAAUUAGGCAAAAUUGGACUUUAAAAUGGUACCACCAACUAACCAACCGGUGCAUAUCGUUAUUAAUCAACUCACUAUUAAACGAAAAGCUUUCCGCCUAUGCAUUGUUUGACGCUUGCCAAGUCCUAUAUGCAACAAUGCAAUUGCGUGUGUGUGUGUAGCGCUUAUGGUGAUGCGUUUUUGUUUUUUUUUGUAUUUAAAUUUGUUUUACGAUUUGUGACAAAAUUUAUUUUUUAUAAGACAAUUUUUGCUUAACUAUAUAUACUAUAUACAUUUUACCAUAUAACCAAAUUAUUUGCUAAGUAAAAAAAAUCAAACAUUUUCUCUUUUACAUGCGAGAUAUUUUCUUCUUAUUGGAAUAUCUUGUAACUCAAAUUUAUUAGCUGCAAUUAAAUCAAAAUGUUUAGUUUAUAAGUAAACGCCGUAGUAAUUUUCCAAAUAUUUUUAAGUAAUUUUUCUAUAGAUUUUAGAACUUUCAUAGCAGCGAAAUAAUUUUUCAGGCAGCGAAAUUAUGUAAUGACUUGUAAUCCAAGAGUUAUGCAAUUUUAAUAACAAAACCAUUUGCGAUAGAUUCCUAAAAAAAUGAAGACAUUGUAACUGUUUGUUUGUCAUAAUUGUUUAAUAUUAGUGAAAUACAAAAUUUUUUAAACGAUUUUAGAGCAAAAAUGUAUUGAUGUAACAACUUAAUGUUAACUGAUAUUUGUAUAUUAACAAUUGAGUCGCUUUAAAACGUGUAUUUGUUGUUGAUAUUGAAAUGUACAAGUAAAAACAAAUAACAAAAAACAAAUAACAAAAAAAUCUCAUCAUACAGUUUUAAGCAAAAUAAUCACAAGCAAAUGAUAAAAAAUCUAAGUUUCAAAUUUCAAUAUAUACCAUAAAAAUAUUUACAUAUAUAUUUAAAUGUUAUUAAAAAAAUUUGAAUUUGGCUAUGUGCAGUAAAGUGGGCGUGGAUGAGCGUGAGAAGGGUAUUAUUAUGUGAUUUAGCAAAAAACGAAAACAUAUUAAAAACGACUAAGUAAAAUGAAAUAUGUAUUAAUAAACCUAACGUAUUUACAAGCGCAUAUGUAUAAAAAAGCAAAAACAAAAACAAAAAAGUAAGUAAUAAAUAAAUAAACAGAAAAGCUGCGCA